AUUGUACUUAUACUCCAUUACGUUUAUUAGAUAACUUUAAUUACUUUGAUUCCCUAAGAUUCAGAUUCAGAUUAAUAGUACACAAUAUAAUCAGCAAAUCAUUUGUCAUAUAUUAUAGGUUAAAAUAAACUUUAUUGAUCCCUUGGUGAAUUUCAUAAGCUUUCCGGCAGUAUAUAUAGUAAAAGAAAAAGCUGCAACAUUAAAGUGAUGAACACAUUAAUGCAUCAAUAAUUAUAAUUAAAUACUAUAACAAAUUCUUCUGAAAUGGGCCAUUGUGCAAAAUGACUACUUUAACUUGUUGUACUUUAAGUAUAUUUUACUUAAGUAAGAUUUUGAAUGCAGGACUUGUAACAAAGUAUAUCUACACUGUAGUAUUACUACUUUUACUGAAGUAAAAUAUUUGAGUACUUCCUCCACCACUUAUUACAGGUUAUUUUGGUUUACUUUUAUUUUUAUUUUUUUCAUUCUUUCUAGAUAUCACCAUGAAGCACAUUUGUUAACUACAUAAUGUCAACCUUAAAAGAAGUGGAUGACACAGCUGUGAACGGAUCAGACGAGGAGCUUCCGACAUGGGGGGAAACAGUUGGAGAGCAGACACCAGAGAGGAGACAUGCUGAUGCCCUUUUAGCUUUUAGUGAGGAAGCCUCCAUGAAAGAACGGGAGCCCUUUGAGUAUCAUUGUUACUCUGGUUGGGAAGAAGCUGUCCGUGGUUGGGCCAGAGUUGCUCCGAUGAGCUGCAUACUGUUGAAUGAUAAGAAGUACAGGAAACCAAAGCAUAAGGAGGCCGACAACCCAACCCUCUUGUAUGCGGAGCGAGCGAUCCCUGUUGCAGACAUCUCAGCCAACAUAGCAGAGCACCAGUGUGAGUCUCACGUGAGCCCCCAUAACAUCUUUAAGAAACCCAUGCCAUUAAACCAGCAAACAAACCAUGAGACGGGAUCCUGGAGCAACGCUGCUGCGGAAUUGGCUGCCCUCAAUGUAAUGCAGAAAACCAUGUCUAAUCUGUUACUCAAAGACAAGACAGAGGAGGUGGAAGGGACGCUCAGAGAGACCCCUUUGCAGUCUCACUAUGCCCUCUCAAAAUACUUGGAGAUCAGGCCGACUAAGCCUCAGAAACACAGGCACAGGCCCAAUAAUAUGAUGGUUCCCAUUACAAACUUGACAUUUCUACCACCAAUUCUACCAGCACAUCUGAAUCCUCAGAAAGUCUGUGGCCACUCCUGCAGCGGCAAGAAGGCUCCUCAAGGAGAAACCAUGGAGGAAAACUGUUUGAUGUUUGAUAAGAAGAGCGGGACAAGAGGAACUAGAGUGGACUCUAUCGCUAACCCAGAACUUCCAACUUACUCUGCAGCCCUGAGCUCCAAGUACCGGACAUGUCAGCAUAACCCCUACUUGUUCUCGGCUGCGAGUGUCUCUACACAAGUACCGGCGUCUUCCAAACCUGACACAGUGCACGGCACUAGCUACUCAACGGGCAAGAGCCUCACGCAGGACCUCCACUCCAGCACUGCAGCAGGUGCACAAGCUCAUACGCAGCACAGCAAGACUGUGUGAAUGUAGUAUGCAAUUAUUUUAAACUCUCAAGUUCAACCAAGUAAAAAAAACAACCUGUUUUAUCUUAUUUUGUAUCAUGCAUGUCUCAACCUCACUGCAUUAUACAAUGUUUCCAUCAAAACAGUUGGAAAAAUAAAUCAAAGUAUGAGAUGUUCAUACAAGUAACUUAUUGCAGAGCAUGCAUGUAUGUAGAACAUACUAAACAUAAUAACAAUAGAGUAAGCAGAACAUUUAAAUGUUAAGCUCUUUAAGUCAUUUGGGCCUUUAUUUUUGUUCUGACCAGUUCCCACAAGUGCUUCUUCAGCUGUUCUAGUUACCUAGCAACGGUGCAACGACCUCAUACGAAGCAUGGCAGCGCGCCUGCCUCACACUUCCUACUGUUUGAACCUCGGCCACAAGCUACAGCUCGGUCAGCGUUGCACUGUAACCUGCGACUCUACGUGAUGAUGUAAACCGUUGCCAAACUGCAUUUGCUGUCAAAUUUAAUUGUAUACAACUUUAGUUUUUAUAUCAGUCAGUGGAUAAUGUUUCCUGGUGAUUGUGGAUGGAAUUUGGGUUAUGCAAUAUACAAGGGAUAUCAGAGAAACAAAAUGCUAACUUCAAUUAUACUGCAUGUCAUGUUGAUCUUCAAAGGCCAGCCAACAUUAUUUACAACUGGGAUGAUCUUGUUACUUUGCUUUAUUAUACUGUACUACCUCUUUGUUUAGCUUCCCUGUAAAAUAAAAAAUGAUCCAUGA